AUGUCACCCGUACAACAUGGCCCACCCUCAUCACAGUCUACGCCAUUCCCGGAAAAUGUACCCCAGCCUGUCAAUAAUGGAAUUUACUCUCGAUACUCGACAUUGUUAGCGGUCAAAUUUCUUAAGCAUUGUCGACCUUGCCACGGGAAUGUUCUCAUGUUAACAGACAGAUUAUGUGUGAAGUACGGGCGCCGUGUUCAUUUGUCUGAAGCAUCAACAAUGCGUUUCAUAUCGCGGCAUACGUCUAUACAAGUGCCAAAAAGUUUUAUGAUUAAGGGGGACAUAAUCGGUAAUGGCUGGAUUCACCGAAAUAAGGAGUCCAAGGCAAAGCUUCUUUCACAGUUGGCAAAAAUGGUUGCCGAAUUGCGAGAACUCCAGCCCCCGGAUGAUAUCGGGGUCGCUUUGGUUGAUGGUGGAGCACUCUUCGAUUGUUGUGUGCCGGGGCAUUCUCUAGACUUCGGUCCAUUUAAUACAGUUCAAGACUUCCAUCGGCAUUUACGAAUGGGCAUGGAAUUCAAUCCCGGCCUUGACCCCCAGAUCCAGGAUCUUAUCAACCAACAAAGCAAAACCUGGCCAUUAGUCUUCACUCAUGGAGAUCUUAGCAGCCUAAAUAUUCUCAUCCGUGGAGAUGAUAUCGUUGACAUAGUUGAUUGGGAAACGGCUGGCUGGUAUCCAUCAUAUUGGGAGUACACAUGUGCCCAACAAGUCAACCCACAAAACUCCUUUUGGAUUAAUGAGAUUGACAAGUUCUUACAACCAAUGCCUCAAGAGUUGAGGAUGGAACGGAUCCGUCAGGAACACUUUGGGGAUACAUGA